GGGUGGCGGCGGGGCUGGGAGCGGUGAAGCGGGGCCGGCGGUGUGCGGGGCCGGUGGGCGCGCAGCGGAACUGCCAUGAACUUCCUGCGGGGCGUCAUGGGGGGGCCCAGCGCCGGGCCGCAGCCCUCUGGCGCCGAUACGAUCCAGAAGCUGUGCGACCGGGUGGCUUCCUCCACGCUGCUGGAUGACCGCCGGGACGCCGUACGCGCCCUGAAGGCGCUGUCAAAGAAGUACCGGCUGGAGGUGGGCAUCCAAGCCAUGGAGCACCUGGUACACGUCCUGCAGACUGACCGUUCAGAUUCUGAAAUAAUUGGCUAUGCCUUGGACACGCUCUACAACGUCAUAUCGAAUGACCUAGAAGAGGAGGAACAAGAGGAGAACUCACCAAAACAAGGUGAUGACUUGGGGAGUCAGUUCACAGAGAUCUUCAUUAAGCAGCCGGAGAACGUCACACUGCUGCUGACACUCGUGGAGGAAUUUGAUUUCCAUGUCCGUUGGCCUGGAGUGAAGCUCCUCACCUCUCUCCUAAAGCAGCAAGGGCCUCAGGUACAGCAGAUCAUCCUCGUCAGCCCCAUGGGUGUGUCCAGACUGAUGGAUUUACUAGCAGACUCCAGGGAGGUUAUACGCAAUGAUGGAGUCUUGUUGUUACAGCAGCUGACAAAAAGCAAUGCAGCCAUACAGAAGAUUGUUGCCUUUGAAAACGCCUUCGAGAGACUUCUGGAUAUUGUAACAGAAGAAGGAAACAGUGAUGGAGGAAUAGUGGUGGAAGACUGUCUCCUCCUCCUGCAAAACUUGCUGAAGAAUAACAAUUCCAAUCAGAACUUCUUUAAAGAAGGUUCCUACAUUCAGCGCAUGAAGCCGUGGUUUGAAGUUGGGGAUGACAACUGUGGUUGGUCUGCACAGAAAGUAACGAAUCUCCACCUCAUGCUGCAGCUUGUCCGAGUGCUUGUGUCCCCCACGAACCCCCCAGGUGCUACCACCAGCUGCCAGAAGGCCAUGUUUCACUGUGGGUUGCUACAGCAGCUCUGUACCAUCCUGAUGGCAACCGGAGUUCCUGCUGAUAUCCUGACAGAGACCAUUAACACUGUGUCAGAGGUCAUCCGAGGCUGCCAGAUGAACCAGGACUACUUUGCCUCUGUGAAUGCACCUUCAAACCCACCGAGGCCUGCCAUCGUGGUGCUGCUGAUGUCUAUGGUGAACGAGAGGCAGCCCUUUGUGCUCCGCUGUGCCGUGCUCUAUUGCUUCCAGUGCUUUUUGUACAAAAACCACAAAGGACAAGGGGAAAUUGUCUCAACACUUCUGCCAUCAACCAUUGACGCCACAGGGAGCUCUGUGUCGGCCGGGCAACUGCUCUGCGGGGGUCUCUUCUCCACGGACUCGCUCUCCAACUGGUGUGCUGCUGUGGCCCUGGCCCACGCCCUGCAGGAGAAUGCCGCUUUGAAGGAGCAGCUCCUGCGGGUGCAGCUGGCAACGAGCAUUGGCAACCCACCCGUGUCGCUGCUGCAACAGUGCACCAACAUACUCUCACAGGGCAGCAAAGUGCAGACCCGGGUUGGACUGUUGAUGCUGCUCUGCACGUGGCUCAGCAAUUGCUCCAUUGCUGUCACACACUUCCUGCACAACCCAGCCAACGUGCCCUUUCUGACAGGACAGAUUGCUGAGAACCUGGGAGAGGAGGAGCAGCUGGUGCAGGGCCUCUGCGCACUGCUGCUUGGCAUCUCCAUCUACUACAACGACAACUCUCUGGAAAACUACAGGAAAGAGAAGUUGAAGCAGCUUAUUGAGAAGAGGAUUGGGCGGGAGAACUUUGUUGAGAAGCUUGGCUUCAUCAGCAAGCACGAGCUGUAUUCCAGAGCUGCACAGAAGCCACAGCCUGGCUUCUCCAGCCCCGAGCACAUGAUGUUUGAUCACGAAUUCACCAAGCUGGUGAAGGAACUGGAGGGUGUCAUAAGUAAAGCGAUCUACAAGUCCAGCGAAGAAGAUAAAAAAGAGGAGGAGGUCAAGAAGACCCUGGAGCAGCAUGACAACAUAGUGACUCACUACAAAAAGGUCAUCAGAGAACAGGAUCAGGAGCUUGAGGAGUUAAAACAACAAGUUAGCACAUUAAAAUCUCAAAAUGAGCAGCUUCAGGUGACAGUCACGCAGCAAGUGUCACAGAUCCAGCAGCAUAAGGACCAAUACAACCUCCUUAAAGUGCAGCUAGGAAAGGACACUCAGCACCACAAUUCCCAUGGCGACACGCUGCAGAUGAAUGGCAUUCAGCUGGAAGAAGUGAGCAAACUGCGAGAGGAGCUGGAGGACUGGAGGAACAGGCAUGAGCAGCUGCAGGGGCAGCUCAAGGAGAAGGAUGCUGUGAUUGAGAACCUGAAGUCCUUGCAGGUGGAAAUGGGGACAGAACAAUCCUCACAGCUGAGCAGCUCUAGAGGCAUGGAACACAGUGCUGAACUGCAAAAGGAAUUGGAGCUGCUCAGGACUCAGAUCCAAUUGCAGGCUGCAGAGAUCUCGAAGCUUCAGACUGAGAACCAGAAGCUACAAGCCACGAACACAGCUAUAGAUCCUGCGUUGGGUGCCAGCGGUGCAGUGGCAUCGAGGAGCUCAGAGAAGGAGGGCCGGCUGCUGCAGGAGCUAGGGGAGCUGCAGAGUGAAGUCAAAGCCCUUUCAGAGGAAAAAGCGUCACUGCAGCAGCAGUUGGACUCCUCUAGCAGCACGGUGGCCAUCCUUCAGGAUGAGAAGAGCAAACUGCAGCAGGAGGUGGCUGAGGCCAAGAAGGAGCAGGAUGACCUGCUGGUGCUGCUCGCUGACCAGGACCAGAAGCUGUCUGCCCUCAGGAGCAAGCUGAAGGACCUGGGGAUGCCGGUGGAGGAUGAAGAUGACAUUGAAUCUGGAGAUCAAGCGGAUGAAGAUGAGGAUGGGGAUGAAGAGGAGCAGGACUGACGUUCCGGUGUGUGUCACCAUGGACAUAGGAUGGCGUUGUUAGUGGGGGGAAAUCUGUUAUUGGUUGUACAGAGCAAAAUAUCUACGUGCAGGGAGCAGAGGGAAAGUGGCAACUGCUGGGCUGAGCGAUGUUACCAAGGUGUUGGGAACCUCUGUGGAAUGAAGCAAAUAGACACUGCUGUUCAGUUCUACAUGAACACCCCAUGUUGUUCCUGUUUAGGAGUUGCUGUGGGCAGUGCUUGAGGCAUGGGAUGGCGAUGGUGCUGCACAGCGAGUUGUCAUGGGCAGAGCUCUGUGCAUUUGUCUGCGUUCUGAGCUUCUGGAACUGUUAAUUAAAUACAGAAGUGUUUGGUUUAACUGCUGUCCCCUGGAGUCAUUGCCUCUGCCCUCAGCAUGGAGCUCCAGAGUAGUUUAUGGCUUCCUUCGAAGAGGUGGAAGGAUCAGGGCGGCUGCAAUAUGCACUGCCUACAGCCGUCCCCUGGAUUGGGUCUGCAGAUCCGGGGUUGUGGCUCCAAAUGGAUGUUCAUAGUGUGGUGCCUUGGCACGUGGCAUGGCUGCGUUUGGUACCUGUAUGGGAGAGGUUCCAUGGAAAUCCCCACCAGAAAGGUAGUAGCACUGGUAAGGAGAAUCUCUGGAAAAACCAAGAGCAGUAUACUUGUCUAAGGAUCUGAUGUGCUGCCACAUCAGCAUAAACAUCAGUAGACGUUCUGUUGGCUGCUUCAGGAAGGAGACGAGAAGUGCUCUGGUUGCUAUAACUCAUGGACUCUUCAAGAGUGAAUAAAAGAUGAAAUUUAAAAAGAAAAUACUGAA